AUGAGAAAACCCAUCAAAGUGAACCAAACUGCUGUUUCAGACUUCCUCCUCCUAGGAAUCUCUGAGCCAGAGCAGCAGCCUCUCCUGUUUGGCAUCUUCUUGGGCAUGUACCUGGUCACCCUGGUGGGAAACUUGCUCAUCAUCUUGGCCAUCAUCUCUCACCCACACCUCCAUACUCCCAUGUACUUCUUUCUAGCCAACCUAUCAUUAACUGAUAUCUGUUUCACUUCUGCCUCAGUCCCCAAAAUGCUGACCAACAUUCAUACCCAGAGUCAGACCAUCUCUUAUUCUGGUUGCCUUACACAGCUAUAUUUCCUCCUUAUGUUUGGUGGCCUUGACAACUGCCUCCUGGCUGUGAUGGCAUAUGACCGCUAUGUGGCCAUCUGCCAGCCCCUCCAUUACAGCACAGCUAUGAGUCCCCAACUCUGUGCACUAAUGCUGGCUAUGUGCUGGGUGCUGACCAACUGUCCUGCCCUGAUGCAUACGCUGCUGCUGACCCGUGUGGCUUUCUGUGCCCAGAGGGCCAUCCCCCACUUCUACUGUGACCCCAGUGCUCUACUGAAGCUUGCCUGCUCAGAUACCCACGUUAAUGAGCUGAUGAUCCUCGCCAUGGGCUUGCUGUUCCUCACCGUUCCCCUCUUGCUGAUCGUCUUUUCCUAUAUCUGCAUUUCCUGGGCUGUGUUUGGCAUCUCAUCCCCCGGAGGGCGAUGGAAGACCUUCUCUACCUGUGCUUCUCAUCUCACAGUGGUUCUGCUCUUCUAUGGGUCUCUUAUGGGUGUGUAUUUACUGCCCCCAUCAACGUAUUCUGCAGAGAGGGAAAGUAGGGCUGCCAUUCUCUAUAUGGUGAUUAUUCCCAUGCUAAACCCAUUCAUCUAUAGCCUGAGGAACAGAGACAUGAAGGAGGCUUUGGGUAAACUUUUUGGCAGUGGGAAAAUAUUCUUCUCACCGUGA